GGGAAUUCCCAGCAGGGCGGAAGCGUUGGAGCUCACGGCAGAGCCCCGCGACGGGCAGGCGACCACAGGGGGCCACCCGAGGUGGCAGGGGCCAUGGCCGGGGUCGCGUGCUUGGGGAAAACUGCGGACGCCGAUGAAUGGUGCGACAGCGGCCUGGGCUCUCUAGGUCCCGACGCAGCGGCUCCCGGAGGACCAGGUCUGGGCGCAGAGUUGGGCCCGGAGCUGUCGUGGGCGCCACUGGUCUUCGGCUACGUCACUGAGGAUGGGGACACGGCCCUGCACUUGGCCGUGAUACACCAGCACGAGCCCUUCCUGGACUUCCUCCUGGGCUUCUCUGCCGGCACCGAGUACCUGGACCUGCAGAAUGACCUAGGCCAAACAGCCCUGCACCUCGCAGCCAUCCUCGGGGAAGCAUCCGCGGUUGAGAAGCUGUACGCGGCUGGCGCUGGGGUGCUGGUGGCCGAGAGAGGGGGCCACACCGCGCUACACUUGGCCUGCCGGGUGAGGGCGCACGCGUGCGCGUCCGUGCUGCUCCAGCCCCGUCCUGGAUGCCCAAGGGAUGUUUCAGAUAGCUACCUCACUGCGAGCCAGGACGGUAACCCCGACGCCAGCCACGCCCCUGUCGCUGUGAACCCCCAACCCAACCCAGAGAACGAAGAGGAGCCGAGCGAUGAGGAUUGGAAGCUGCAGCUAGAAGCUGAGAACUAUGAGGGCCACACCCCACUCCAUGUAGCUGUUGUCCACAAAGAUGCCGAGAUGGUCCGGCUGCUCAGGGAUGCCGGAGCUGACCUCAAUAAACCGGAGCCCACAUGCGGCCGGACCCCUCUGCACCUGGCAGUAGAAGCCCAGUCGGCCAGCGUCCUGGAGCUUCUCCUGAAAGCUGGCGCUGACCCCACCGCCCGCAUGUACGGGGGCCGCACCCCGCUUGGCAGCGCCCUGCUCCGGCCCAACCCCGCCCUUGCCCGCCUCCUCCGUGCACAUGGAGCCCCCGAAGCCGAGGAUGGAGAAGAUAAGCUUGGCCCUUGCAGCAGCAGCAGCAGCGACAGUGACAGUGACAGCCGAGAUGAGGGCGGUGAAUAUGAUGACAUCGUGGUUCACAGUGGCAGGAGCCAGAAGCAGCUACCUCCCUCCCCAGUAUCCAGACCUCUUCCUGAUAACUCCAGCCCUGCCUGAUUUAAGUUCUAAUAUUAAUUAAUAUAGUGUUCAGUGUAAUAAAAAUGCAGACCUG